ACGAAACGUGCCUAGACCUGAAUACGAUUAAAAUUUGGAAUUUAGGGAACCUUACAGUGGACUCUUUUUCCUUUGAGUUAAGUAGUGCCCCAUGGCCCAGCCUUGCUUAAUUUUUCAGAGGCGUAUCCAUACUUCUACGGUCAAUACUACGGUGCCGCGGUUAAAAGUGCGACACCGGUGACGCACUUUAACAGGAGUGACCCAAACUGUGUCUCUCAAAAGUAACGGAGAACCAUUCCCCGUUAUUCUAUUUUAACUUUUAUAUUAUUAAAUUAAAUUCAUCUAAAUGAUAUUAGUUACGUGUUUCGGGAAGAAUAAGAAAGCAAAACAGGGUGAUUGGGAGAGAACAAAAAUCAGAGAUUGAUCAAACGAACAAAAGAGAACUUCAUCAAACUCCCUCUCCGGCGGUCUCUCGAAAAUCACUCCCGACUACUUGUCCUUCGUCGAUCCCAUCUCCGACAGCCCCUCUUAAUGCUAAUAUGUGAUUCUGUAAUGAUUAAAAAGACAGGUUGAGAAGGCAGGGUCAGUUGAGAGUGUUAGAUAAGUUAAUCAUGUGAAUAAUUGUGUUAGUUUGUUGGGAGUUAGUCGUUUAAAGUGUUAGAGCUGCUUAUGUGUCAAGAUAGAUUAGUUUACUUGGUCAACAGCAAAUUAGGGGGUUUAGUUAGUGGUUUGCUAAGUUUCAGGAUGUUCCGUUAGUAGGCUGCUGAGUUCCAGGAAUGUGAGAGUAGAGGGCCGAGAUUGGUGAGGGGUUUUGAGUCAGACUUUGUAUUUAAGUUGUUUUUCUCAUUUCAAUAAAACUUGUCAGUUUGCAUUUCAUUUGACUUUACAUUAGCUUAGUUUGGCACUGCUGUAACUUUUGCAGAAGAAGCUUCUGGCUGGAGUUUUUAGAUAAGUACUUAAAAAAAAACAGUUGAGUGUUUGGCUGUAAAAUUAUUAGAAGUGCUUUUUAACAUAAGAGGUUAUGUAAAAUGACUAUAAAGAACUUAUAAUAUAAAAUAUGAAUAAAAAUUCUAAACAAUAAAAAGUAGUCAAAAUGGAUCUUGUUAGAUUUCUUUUAUAUUAAAUAAUAUGAUUUUAUAAUUUAUUUUAUUUUUAAAAUGAUAUAAAUGAAGGAAAAUUAUAUUUUCUGAAAUAAAAUAAAAAUAUGGUAAGGAUAAUCUUGUAUUUUCAAAACAGCUUUUCGCAGAAGCUCCUAAUCGGAGCUUCUGCUUUUAUGUUAUACAAAGCGCUUUCGGCUUUUCAAAAGCCGAGCUUUUACAAGUGUUUGGCCCUGCUUCAGCUUUUGAACCCGAAAAGAACUUCUAAAAGCCGGGCCAAACAUAGGGAUUGUGGUAUCAGAGCUCAAGCAAGCUGUAACCAAAGGCUUUCAAGCAAAUUAAGAGUGAUUGAUUGAGAGAAGUUCUGUCGUGAGUUGCAGACUGGUGAGUGAAAUCUGUUGUCAAGCAAUUGUUGUGUGAGUAUUUGUGAGGAUAUCAAUCCAAGGGUGUGUGCAAUAUGCUUUCAAGUAGUUGGUGUGUGAACUUUUGAGUGUGAGUGUUUUUGGAUGAUAAUUUUGCUGGUGAAUUGCAAAAUUGAGUUUCAAAAACAGGAGAGUAUCUGGUGCAGAAAAUAUCUUCAAAGGGGCGAGGGAAAUCCAGUGAGGUUAGAGUAAUUAGUUGCUGCCAAGACGACAAACAUGAGUGAAAAUAGCAGUUUUUUGCAAGUUUGCAUCCCCAAGUUUGAUGGGGAUUAUGAUCGCUGGAGUUUGCUGAUGGAAAAUCUCCUUCAAUCGAUGGAGUAUUGGGUUGUAGUGAAUGUGGGGUUUGAAUAGCCUGCUGAAGGUGUUGAGCUCUCUGUUGCAGAGUCAAAGAGUUCGAAAGAUCUUAAGGCGAAAAAUUAUAUCUUCCGCUCUAUCGAUAAGGCCAUUUUGAAGACAAUUACAAAGAAGAGUAUUGCCAAAGAGCUAUGGGAAUCCAUGAAGGUCAAAUUUCAAGGGAGUUCUAGGGUUCAUAAGGUACAACUACAAGCUCUCAGAAGGAACUUUGAGGUCUUGGAGAUGAAGGAAGGUGAGUCUGUGAAUGAUUAUUUUGGUAGUGUGAUGGUUUUAGCUAAUACUACGAGGAAUUAUGGAGAGGAAAUGCCUGAUUUUAAACUUGUCGAAAAGAUUAUGAGAACUUUAACACCAAAAUUCAACUAUGUGGUUUGCUCUAUUGAGGAAUCCAAAGACAUAGAGAUUUUUAUCUGUUGAUGCUCUUCAGAGCUCGUUGUUGGUUCACGAGCAUAAGUUUAGCAAGGGAAGGGUUGAAGAAGAACGUGCUUUGAAAGUGGCUGGUGAUAGUGAAAGAGGUCGAGUUGGAUACCGAGACAGUAGAAGGGAUCGUGGAAGAUUUUGGAGUGAAGAGUCAGUGGAAUGGUUCAAGUGUCACAUAAUUGAUCAUUUUAGAAGUGUGUCCUGAAUGGGGUCGUCAAGCUCCUUUCUCAAAUGAUUGUGCACCUAUCCAAAAUGAUAUGAAGGAAGACAUGUUGUUGAUGACCAUUUGCUGAAAAUCAAAGUAAAAAGGAGUCUCAACAACACUUAUUUGAUUGUUUUGGUGAUCAUCAGAGAGAAGAUUGGUGGUUCUUGGACUCCGGAUGCAUCAACCAUAUGAGUGGUAACAAACACUUAUUUGAUUCUUUUGAUGAUUGCUUUAGCUGCAUUGUUAAGUUAGGCAAUGGUACUAACAUUCAGGUGCAAGGAAAGGGAAUAGUAAAGAUGAAGGUAGAAGGGAGAAAUCUUGUUAUUAAGGAUGUGUUUUAUGUCCCCGGUUUAAAUGAUAUGAUCCAAAUUGGCCACUUCUACAAGUCACAAUUACUUGUCAAAGAAGCUAUCAAGGUUGGAAAGAAGAAGGGCAGAAUUUGGCUAAGUCAAAAUAUGUGUUCAGGGUACAUACUUUGGAGGCAUAAUUCUCACAAUUGGCUUUGUGGAAAUUCAAUGUUAAGGGUUUGUUUUGCAGAUAAAGUUGUCAUGUUUCCAAUGGUAUGCUUUUUUGAUCCAGAUGAUGUCAUUAAGGUUGUUUUCCAAGGCCUCAAAGUUGCUACCUCAAAACUGGAAAACUGCCAGAAAAUGGUUGUUUGGAAACUGUUUUGUGAAGCCUACUUUGGAGCUUAAUUCGAGGAGUAUGGAUCAUAUUCAAGUCCAAAGGCUUCCACAACAUGAAACUAGGUAUGUUUGUGAACAAAGGGAAGGAAUUGGAUGAAGAAUUGGAGUUUGGGAAGGCCUCAAACGAAAGGUGCGAAGUUAGUACGAAGUCACAAAAUUCUGCCUUUGUAAAAACAGAAUUGUUUUCCUUAUUCGAUUAGGAUUAGGUCCUUUUUGCUACUUUUUAGUUCUUAUUCGUAUUAGAUUGUAAUUAUGAGUUGCUUGUACGAAAGUUAACCCUAGUUAGGCCUAUUUAAACUCGUCUUUUGCAUUGUAAUCGUCAGACUUUGAUUAAUCGAAAUUGAGAACCGUUUGGUUUUGUGCAAGUUGCGACUUGUUUGAGUUUGGUGGAUUCCAAGCUUGUGAGCUUUGUAUCGAUUGAAUAUUCUCUUCAAUCGUGGUCGAGCAGCUACCCUUUUAUACCAUACGAGCAUUCCCCAGGUGUGGAAUUGUCCGUUGGUUCCGUUUUAUCCCAAUUUCGUAUUAAGAGCGCUUUGUUCUUGAUUCUAGUUCAAUCAAUCUUUGGAUUGAUUGUUUGCUGCGUUACUUUGAUAAAAAUACACCCCCAGGGGCGUAUCAAGUGGUAUCAGAGACGAGUGGGCUUCAGUUUCAUGAGCUUCAGGAAGCUUCAAAAGGAAGAUUUUUUAACUCAACCCACUGCCCAGAACGUUCCCUGUUCUGUUUCCGCGAAACGGAGCUCCACGCUAUGCUACCUUGACGAUGAAGAAGAGGGAGUGUGGAGACCGGAGAUCGCCACAAAAGUCUUCCACGAGGUUGAGAGAACGACAAAUAGUCAAGAGGAAGCUCCAGAUCAGGCUGAAGUUGAUCGAACGCCUCCAUCGACAAGCUCUCCGGAACUCUGCCAUGUUUCCGCGAAGCAGAGCAUGAGAAAGAACGAAUUAGUGGGAGCUAUGGGGGAUUGGUCGAGCCCAACCAACGAAGCCUAUACCUUCCCCUCGACCCCCAGAACGUCUUUGGUAGAUUCAUUGGAGAGAAACAAACCUGAUAUUGAAGAUUCAAUUCGCGCAAAAUCCCUUCUGUUCACAACGGUGAACAGCUGCCAAAACUCCUUUGGGCAUAUAGCGAUCGAGUGUGAAUCGACGCCAACGACCAACGAGGAAUCAAUCAAGACUAUGCCCAGAAGCUAUUGGGACGAACGAAUCGAGUUGGAGAUGCCUGAGGUAGAAACGCCCAAAUCACAAUCAACAAUUCUGGGUUUUGGGCAUUUGAAAACGGACGACGGCGGGAAAGGAUGGGGAGCUGGGUCGGCGCGAAUGGUGACGAGUCGAGACAAAGGACCGGUUUAGAAAGUCUAUUGGUCAUAUGACGAAGCUCUUGGAAGCAUUGAAUUAGAUUGGCGAGGCCUAAAUCGAAAAUCCCCAAUUUUCUCAAUGAAGAACACAGACCUAAAUUUCCAGAAUUGCAAGUUGGAGAGGCCAUCUUUCGAUCCAAUUUGGGAUCAAUUAUCUGAAGUUUUUGACAAGAGGAAAGAUCAAGCUUUGAGGGCAAAGCUUUUUGAAGAGGGAGAGCCUGAUAUGAUCCAAAUUGGCCACUUCUACAAGUCACAAUUACUUGUCAAAGAAGCUAUCAAGGUUGGAAAGAAGAAGGGCAGAAUUUGGCUAAGUCAAAAUCUGUGUUCAGGGUACAUACUUUGGAGGCAUAAUUCUCACAAUUGGCUUUGUGGAAAUUCAAUUUUAAGGGUUUUUUUUGCAGAUAAAGUUGUCAUGUUUCCAAUGGUAUGCUUUUUUGAUCCAGAUGAUGUCAUUAAGGUUGUUUUCCAAGGCCUCAAAGUUGCUACCUCAAAACUGGAAAACUGCCAGAAAAUGGUUCAGUCUGGAAACUGUUUUGUGAAGCCUACUUUGGAGCUUAAUUCGAGGAGUAUGGAUCAUAUUCAAGUCCAAAGGCUUCCACAACAUGAAACUAGGUAUGUUUGUGAACAAAGGGAAGGAAUUGGA